AAACUUUCUCUCUUCUAAUUAAUCUCAUCUUCUCUUAGCAAGCCAUGAACUGCCUUCUGAGUUGGCCUGAGCCCGUAGUCCGGGUUCAAUCCCUAUCUGAGAGCGGCCUACAGACGAUCCCGGAACGUUAUGUUAAGCCACUCUCUGAUCGCCCCUUGAUGAUCAAUACUUCUCCGCUCACAAUCAUAGAGGAAAAUAUUCCCCUAAUUGAUCUCCAACAUCUUUUCAGCAAUGACCGGGCCAUUCGUGCCAAGACCCUGAGCAGCAUCUCCAGGGCGUGCCAGGAGUGGGGGUUCUUCCAAGUGGUGAACCACGGUGUGAACCCUGGGCUAAUGAGGCGCAUCUGUGAGUUGUGGCGUGAGUUCUUCAAUCAACCGCUUGAAGUGAAGCAGGAGUGUGCAAACGAUCCGAGCACCUAUGAGGGGUAUGGAAGCAGGCUGGGAGUGGAGAAGGGGGCGAUCCUUGAUUGGAGUGACUACUUCUUCCUCCAUUUCAUGCCUGCAUCGUUGAGGAACGAAAGCAAGUGGCCUGCAAUGCCCCAGUCUUUGAGGUUUGCAUCAUCCGCCCUUGAAACAUAUUCUAAUUAAGUACCAUGCUAAUGUCCUCUGCCUCUGUCAUUUUUAUUUUUUUUUUUCACUUUAUAUGUGAAAGAGGUGUUUUUAAGUACGAUAUUAUAUUUUUUUUUUAUAAUUUUGAUAUAAAAAUUAUCAUAAUAUUUUUAAUAAAAAGAUAUUUAUAUU